AUGGAUUUAUAAAAUUAGAGAAGAAAGAGCAAAUUUUCAUUUUCUCGAGCUCCUGUUUGUGAUAACCCAUAGUCAAAUACAUUGCAAUAAUUAAAGAAUAAGUUCAAAGGUAAGAGUUUGAUGUAGAAUAGAACAGGCUAGAUGUUACAAUUAAUAAAUAAGAAUGAUAAUGGAAAUAAUAAAGAAUAGGAAAUAUAAUAAUUUUUAAGUCGAAUAAGCGUUGAAUUAGAUGGGGAUGAUUAUAAAUAUAUAAAAUUUGAGCUGAGUGAAUUUUAAGAGAAGUAUGUGGAAGGGGAAGUUUUGGGAGAAGGAUGUAUAGGAUUAGUAAAGAGCAUAACAAGAAAGAAUGAUGGACAAGAAUUUGCAUGUAAGACAGUUAAAACUGAUGCUGAGGAAAUAGUGAAGAAUAUGAUAUUGGAAUUCAAGAAUCUAAAAAAGUUGAGUCAUCCUCACAUUGUAAAAAUGGAGGAAUUAUAUAUUCAAUGGAAUGAAGGAUUCCAAUCAACUGGGACUGUUUAUGUAGUAAUGGAGAAGGUAAAAGGUAGUGAGAUGUUUGAAGUGAUUUAAAAAUAAAAGAAUUACAUAGAGUGCAUUGCCAGAAUCUUAUUUAAAUAAGUAUUGGAAGCAAUUGAUUACAUGCAUGAAAACUAUUGUUGUCACAGAGAUUUGAAACCUAAUAAUAUUUUAUGUGCAGAAGAUGGUAGAUCUAUCAAGAUUACUGAUUUCAAUGUGUCUAAGUUUACGGAUGGAUACAAGGAAUUUGGGAAUCUGAAUGAACAUGGAAAAAUAGAGAUGUGGACAUAUACAGGGACGGUUGCCUUUUCAGCACCAGAGAUAUUCUCGGGAGGGUUGUACAAUGAAUAAGUGGAUUUAUGGAGUGCAGGAGUGAUCUUAUAUGUAAUGUUAAGUGGAGAAUUACCAUUUAAUUCUCAAUAUUUAAAUGAUUUGAUCGACAAGAUUUAAUAAUGCAAAUACGAAAUGGUCGGUCCCAUUUGGGAUUAGAUAUCUUAUUAAGCUAAAGAUUUGAUAAGCAACUUAUUACAAUUUGAUCCUUAAAGAAGACUAACUCCAUAAUAGGCUUUGGAUCACCCUUGGGUUAAGAAUGUACAGAACUAAUCAGAUUUGCCGAGGGAUAGAUUGAAAAAGAAUAUGGCUCGAUUUUUGAAUUGGAAACCUCAAGAAACUUAGGUGAGUGAAAAGAAAAUUAAAUAACUUUGCUUCCUUUUUGGAGCAGGGGAAAUUUGGAAAAGACAUUCGGUUAAACAUUCAUCAGUCUCUACUCUUUCAGAAGAAUUUAAGAAGUUCAAAUCAAUUGAUAUAAGUUCAUUCAAAACAAACGAACAUAUACAAGUGGUUAAGGAUUAAAAUUCAAAUCAUGUAUAUCAUAUUGAUUACCCCUUUAGUGAUGAUGAAUCUGAUUGA